AAAACGAGGAAAAAUUUAAAAACAAGAAACAAUUAGUUAAAUUAAUAUGGAUCGCUUUUUAAAACUGGGUAAACGUCGAGUGUCUUCAUCAAGUGCCGACAAGCCGGACUGUGAGUGCUCCUCCAGAACAGACUCUGAAAAAGAUUUGGAACCAAAUCGACAGAGUAACAAAAAGAAGUCGAAAAUUUCACAUGUUUGGAAAUAUUUUAAAAGGUCUGACGACAAGAAAUAUGCCAAAUGUCUCGAUUGUGGCAAAGAAUACAAGACAAGCGGCAAUACAUCUAACAUGCACGACCAUUUAAAAAGGUUCCAUCCUGGCGUGGAAAGAAAGAGCCCAGAAUCGAGCACACAAGUUGUACGUGCUGAGAGGAACGUCACUACAUCUACAAGCAGCAGUUGCAGAUCGAGCAUGAACUCUGUGGCGUCUUACUUUAAAAGAGCCGUCAUGUAUGAUUCAAAUUCUAAAAGAAAGACUGACAUAGAUAAAGCUCUAACUGAAAUGGUUGCCAAAGAUGUGCAGCCCUACAAUAUUGUAGAAAACGAAGGGUUCGUGCAAUACACUCAUGUAUUGGAUCCUCGGUAUAAAUUACCCAGCAAGACGCACUUAAGAGAUGUGCUGAUGUAUAAUUAUUUUACCGAAACUUCUGCCAAGUUAUCAGCAAUACUUGUAAAUGUUACGUGUGAUUUGUGGACAUCAAGUGCCAAUGCUAGUUUUUUGACUGUGACGGGUCAUUUCGUAUAUAACUACGAAUUAAAAACAGCAUCCUUAGCAACAAAAAAACUUCUAAGCACAACUAAACAUUGUUCACAAAACAUUGCUGAUACAUUGCGGGACAUUUUUAUUGAAUGGAACAUUCUGGAAAAAACUGUAUGUAUUGUUACCGACAAUGCCAGCUCCAUGCUUAAAGCAUGUGAUCUAUUGCAUAUUAGCAAACUGCCAUGCUUUGCGCAUACUAUAAAUCUCGUGGUGCAAGAUGCUCUAAAAGUUGAUGACCCAGUGCUUCAAGCUUUAUUUACUAAGUGUAAAUCAAUCGUUCGAUUUUUCAAGCAAAGCACUAUAUCAAAUGAAAAGCUCAAAUUAGCUCAAGAAGGCUCAGAAUAUACUUUGUUGCAAGAAACGCCCACUAGGUGGAAUAGUUUUUAUUUUAUGAUUGAGCGUAUUAUAAAAUGAACGAUGCCAUUGCCAAAGUUUUACUAUCAACAACGAAUGCACCGCAGCCAUUUACUGCUGAGGAAAUACUUAUGCUGAAAGAUAUUGAAAAAGUAUUGGCUUUCUUUCUGGCGGAAAAUACGUAAC